CCUUUCCGUCCUCGGCUACCAAACGACUCCCUCGAUACCAAUAUGCGUGAAGUCAUCUCCCUCCACGUCGGUCAGGCUGGUGUCCAGAUCGGAAACGCAUGCUGGGAGUUGUACACAGUUGAGCACGGUCUUAGUCCUGACGGCCGAGUUGCGGAGGGAGCAGUAAAAGGCAGCCCCGAUGGCUUCACUACUUUCUUCUCCGAGACGUCAUCCGGCAAACACGUACCGCGAUCCCUCUACAUUGAUCUUGAACCGAACGUCAUUGAUGAAGUCCGGACCGGAACUUACCGCAGCCUUUUCCACCCGGAGACGAUGAUAACUGGCAAGGAGGACGCAGCGAGCAACUACGCUCGUGGCCACUACACCAUUGGCAAGGAGAUGAUAGACACUGUUAUGGACAAAGUUCGCCGCCUUGCCGACAACUGCACCGGUCUCCAGGGCUUCUUCGUCUUCCAUUCCUUCGGCGGUGGAACCGGCUCUGGCUUCGGCGCUCUUUUGCUUGAGCGUCUCUCCACGGACUACGGCAAGAAGUCCAAGCUCGAGUUCAGCGUGUACCCAGCCCCUACCAUGGCAAAUUCCGUCGUCGAGCCCUACAACUCCGUUCUAACGACUCACACGACCCUCGAACACUCCGACUGUUCAUUCAUGGUUGACAAUGAGGCCAUUUACGACAUUUGCAAGAAGAACCUUGGCAUCACCUCCCCGGGCUUCACCAACCUCAACAGGUUGAUCGCUCAGGUCGUUUCGUCUAUCACGGCCUCGCUCCGCUUCGAUGGUUCCCUGAACGUCGACUUGAAUGAGUUUCAAACAAACCUGGUACCAUUCCCUCGCAUUCAUUUCCCUCUCGCGACCUUUGCACCGAUCAUCUCAGCCGCGAAGGCUACCCACGAGCAAAACUCGGUUGCGGACAUGACUUUCUCGUGCUUCGAGACUGGCAACCAAAUGGUGAAGUGCGACCCUCGCGAGGGCAAAUACAUGGCUUGCGCUUUGCUGUACCGUGGCGAUGUCGUCCCCAAGGACGUGAACGCUGCCGUCAGCAUCAUCAAGACGAAGCGUACGAUUCAAUUCGUUGACUGGUGCCCGACUGGCUUCAAACUCGGCAUUUGCAACGAACCCCCUGCUCAUAUCCCCGAUGGUGACCUGGCCAAGGUGUCUCGUAGUCUCUGCAUGCUGUCGAACACCACGGCCAUCUCCAGCGCCUGGAGCCGGCUUGACCACAAGUUCGACCUUCUGUACUCGAAGCGUGCCUUCGUCCACUGGUACGUCGGCGAGGGUAUGGAGGAGGGUGAAUUCUCGGAGGCGCGGGAGGAUCUCGCCGCGCUCGAGAAGGACUACGAGGAGGUUGGAAUCGAUUCGGCUGAGGCUGAGGAGCUGGGCGAGUACUAAAUGCAUGCGAUUGACCGUCGCGUUGAUCUCUUUGCGUAUUACCCGGCCUUCGGCCUCCUUAUAAUCCGUCUUACUGUGCUAUCAUGGCUUCACGUAUACUCGAGCAUGUCGUUGCAACCUGGAAACUCUGGAUAUUCGGA